GAGGGACAGGGUGUUCCCCUGAUUGCAUCCGGUGUAGAAGCUGUACUUGCGGCGGGCAUCAUGUGGACAGCAGAUGAAAUUGCUGAGUUGUGUUAUGAGCAUUAUAGGAGCAGACUCCCUAAGCAAGGAAAGCCAGAUCCAAGCAGAGAAUGGACUUCACUGGCAGCUGUGGUCAAAGUGGAGUCUGCAGCUAACGAAGCGGGUUCUGCUGGUCUGGGGAGCCUGCAGGGUGAGAACUGAGUUGUGUUUUGCAAGCUGAGGGGUAGUGGUAAAUCUUCGUAAUAAUAAUCUUCUUUUUAACCUUCAAGAUACCCUUUUAUUAUUUUUUUUUAAAGCAACAAACACACCCUUUCCUGUCUCAUUUCUCUCUAUUGUGAAAUUUUGGUAAGAGCUUUUACAGUUUCUGUCUGAAAAAAGAGUUGCAGUGAAAUACUCUUCAGACUGCAACUAAGAAGGUGAAAGCCUGCAUUCAGCUAUUCAGUAAGUGAUGAAAGACUGGGCAGGUCCUAAGUACCUGGAGUAAAGGCCUGCUGAAGUGUAUUUGGCUAUUUAUAAGACUCCUGGAAAGUUCAGUCUCCUUUAAGCAGAAAAGCACUCCACUGUGCUUUUUCUGCUGUUGUUCACUGUCACCUUAUUUUCUUUAAUUGGCAAUUUCAAUUUGUUGUAGUGCAGAUUGUAGUUCAUACUUCUUUCUUAGGUGUAUGAGGAGUCUUCUGCUUCUGCUCACUGCUUGUUGCUUAGCAUGUCAUGUCAGUGUUAGUACCUGCACUUUGUGAUCAUACACUUUCCAUGGCACUGGUUAUACCUGCUGCAUUCAGUUCUACAGCUGGCACAUCUCACUGCCUGCCUCCCCAUACCUUGCCACCUACUCAGUUUUCUGUGUAUCAUUUUGACAAAAUAACUGUGUGAGAGCAGUGCUUCCGGUGAUUCUGUCCAGUUUGUUUUCUUUUUCAGUAGCCAAGGAGGUUGUUGCUCUUGGAACUGGAACAAAAUGUAUUGGACUAAACAAAAUGAGAAAAACUGAACAGUGGCCAUCUCUAACAAGAGAUUUGCAUGUUCUUCACUUACAGUUCAGCUGCUUCUUUCUGGGGAACUCUUAAGGACAUCUAUGAACAUGGGACUUUUCUAUAGGGACGUUCUGAAUGACAGUCAUGCGGAAGUUGUGGCCAAAAGAAGCUUCCAGAGGUAUCUUCUCCAUCAAAUGCGCCUGGCAACUUCCUACCAACAAUGCAGCAUCUUUAUUCCAGGAACUGAAACUGGGAAAUGGAAACUCAAACCAAAUAUCAUAUUUAUUUUCUUCUGUAGUCAUACCCCAUGUGGUGAUGCUUCUAUUAUUCCAAUUAGGGAAACAGAGAACCAUCUUUCUAAAUCAGUGGAUGGCCAUGAUAUAGCUGGACAGUCAGUGCUGUGCAGUAGUAGUAACUGUGAUCAUAGGGGCCCAGAAGAUAAAAGGAAAUCAGAGAAGAUGGCAAGCAGUCAUAUGAUCAAGAGAAUGAAGAAUGCUGAUGGUGGUUUUUUUUCCACGAUCACUGAGGACAUGGCUGUUCAGCAAGUAUUUGCAAAACCAGAAGGCAACGUGAAUCCAGAGUGCUGUGAGUCAUCUGAAGAGAUGCAAGCAGCUAACAAGGAGACCAAUGCAGGCAAACUGAAGGCAGUAGAUGUUUAUAGAACUGGAGCAAAAUGUGUACCUGGAGAGCUGAGUGACACCCUAAUACCUGGCAUAGAGUAUCACUGUGUAGGGUUAUUACGGGUGAAACCAGGUCGUGGGGAUAGAACAUGCUCUAUGUCCUGCAGCGAUAAACUGGCUCGCUGGAAUGUGUUGGGGUGUCAAGGAGCCCUUCUGAUGCAUUUCCUGCAGUAUCCAGUGUAUCUGUCAGCAGUUAUAGUGGGGAAGUGUCCAUAUAGCCAAGAAGCUAUGCAGAGAGCAGUUAUUGAAAGGUGUCGGCACAUCUCAUUGUUACCAGAUGGUUUUCUCACUCAGGAGGUUCAAUUGCUGCAGUCAGAUCUUCAGUUUGAGCAUAGCCGUCAGGCCAUCCAAGAAGGUCAGACUAGCAGCAAAAGAAAACUUGUUCCCUGUAGUGCAGCUAUCAGUUGGAGUGCAGUUCCAGAGGGACCUCUGGAUGUCACCUCAGAUGGCUUUCGGCAAGGAACUACCAAGAAAGGGAUUGGAAGCCCUCAGAGCAGAUCAAAGAUCUGUAAAGUGGAACUGUUCCAUGAAUUCCAAAAGCUGGUGACAAGCAUUUCAAAGGAGAACUUACCAGACACUCUCCGGAUGAAGACUCUGGAAACUUACUGGGACUACAAAGAAGCUGCAUUAAAUUAUCAAGAAGCCUGGAAGGCACUGCGUAGCCAGGCACUGCUGGGCUGGAUCAAGAAUGCCCAGGAAUAUCUGCUCUUCAUGUGAGAAUAAAAGCAGCUGUGUAAAUCCAGCAAUAAGCCAUGGAACACAGCAGACACCUCUGCUGCUUGAGGGAUGCAAAAAAUGUCCUCUAGUUCCUGUGCUGUAAGAGGAGGACAGAACUGAAAAGGAAAGCAAUUGAGAGAACUCAUUAUUUUGACUGAUCUGAAGCCUCCUUUUUAUUUAAAUAUAGAAAAGGAUUGUUGCAUACUUAAUUCUGAGCUGCAUGAAACAGUUCAAAACAAAGGAAGCUGUGAUGUGCUAUCCCUCUGUUUCUUGAUAUUAUCCUCUGUCAGAUGGAGUCCACUGUAACGGAAGUAGCAUUAACUAAAAUUGAAGCAGUGCUAUGGAAGAGGCUGCUGCUGUGAAACCUUAGUGUGUGUUCUCCUUCUACUCUUCAUAAUGUUGAGGUUGUUCUUGUGAUGCUUGGACAGCCCUAAUGUAUAGUAUUUUUAUAACUCUUGGCUUUCCUUGUGUGGAAGAAUUUUCUGUCUCCCUCCAGGCCCAUUGCCCCUAACUGAAAGUUCUUUUCAAGGGUCUUUCUCUGAAAGUGACAAGGAGGCAGAGCAGAAGCAAAAGAGUCCUGGGGAUAAGACUGUCAAAUAAUACUGCUUAUGGUAUUCUGUGCAUGUCUCACGAUUUCUGUACUUUACCACGUACCCUUCAUCUGUUGUGUUUCUGUAGACAGGAAAGUCACUCCCUAAUCCUGUGCAAUUCCAGGCAAAUGUUUGCAUACACUUCAGUGUUUCAAGUAUGGGUGGUUGUUCUUUUUUGUUUUUUUUUUUUUUUCCUCCUCCGGUGAUAUGUACUUCAUUAAAAGCAGAAAUGCCUUAGUGAUUUA